UGUCCAGGUUUAUUCGGGAAUGGCCUGCUGGAUGCCGGAUCUUCUGUUUCCGUAGCGACCGCCGGGCCCUUUAACAGCACAGACGCCGGGCCGAUGAUGGCCGAUAACGAGACGAUGUCGCCGCGGGUCAUCCUGACAAACACCCUUCCGCAGUGGGACUCGGCACACUGGAUGCCUCGCGCCGACACCUCCUCUUCAUCCUCACUGGCGGGCCCCACCGCCACGGCCCCUGUGGACUGGGGGACAUCUGUCUCCACUGUGACGAGCGUGAGCACAGACGCUGAUAAAUGCUGUUCUUCUGAACUUGUCAAGAGCAGCGAGCUGCAGAUGUUCCUCAAGUUCUUCAGCUACCUGAGUCAACUGUCCUGCUACAGACACAUCAUGCUGUUCGGAUGCUCCAUCGCACUCCCACAAUGCAUCAGCCACAGAGACCGCAGGACUCUGGUUCUGCCCUGUCGGUCGUUCUGUGAAGCGGCUCGUGAGGGCUGUGAGCCCGUGCUGCAGAUGUUUAACGCGUCCUGGCCGGAGUUCCUGCGCUGCUCUCAGUUCACCAACAACACGGGAACGCACGCUGAAAACACGCCGCUCUGCUACACGCCGCGACACGCCAGAGGAAAGCUCUCUGCGUGCGGAGGAAGCGAUCACUUCCUGUGUGCGACCGGAAUAUGCGUCCCCCUGAAACUAGUGUGCAACGGAUUCAACGACUGCGACGACUGGAGCGACGAGGCCGACUGCACUUGUGCAGAUGCUCAGUAUCUGUGUGCUACCGGUCGCUGCAUCAGUUCUGAUCUGCUGUGCGACGGCUACGAUGACUGUGGAGAUCUGAGCGAUGAGCAAAACUGUGUGUGUGACCCGACUAAAGAGCAUCACUGUGGAGAAGGACGCUGUAUUCCUCGAGACUGGCUCUGUGACGGAGAUCACGACUGCCUGGACAAAAGUGACGAGCUGAACUGCUCGUGUAAGUCCCAGGGUUUAGUGGAGUGCAGGAACAAGCAGUGUAUUCCAAGCGCCUUCCGCUGUGAUGGUGAAGAUGACUGUAAAGAUGGCAGUGAUGAAGAAAACUGCACACAACAGCAGACUCUGGGUUUGUGUCCUCCUGGUCAGUCCAGUUGUACUUCAACCUCCUGCUCCUCUGGCUGUCAUGGAAACACGUCAUGUGACCUGCGCAACACUGUCAACAACUGCAGUGGCUGUGAGCCCAUCUCUCUGGAGAUCUGCAUGAAUCUGCCCUAUAACUCCACCCGCUUCCCCAACUAUCUGGGUCAUCACUCUCAGAAGGAGACAUCCGUGAGCUGGGAGUCCUCGCUCUUUCCUGCGCUCGUUCAGACAAACUGCUACAAAUAUCUUAUGUUCUUUGCAUGUACGGUGCUUGUGCCCAUGUGUGACCCUGUAACGCAGCAGAGAGUGCCACCCUGCAGGUCUUUGUGCAGGAAUUCUAAGGAACGAUGUGAAUCAGUGCUGGGAAUUGUGGGAUUGCAGUGGCCUGAGGAUACAGACUGCGCUCAGUUUCCAGAGGAAGGUCAAGCAAAUAGUUCCUGUUUGCUUCCUGACCCGGAUGUGAACGAGUGCUCACCCAGUCACUUUAAGUGUCGCUCGGGAAGGUGUGUCCUCUCAUCCAAACGCUGUGAUGGACACAUGGACUGUGAUGAUGACAGCGACGAGGAAACAUGCGGGUGUGUGGAGCGGGGCUUGUGGGAAUGUCCCGGAGACAAAACCUGCAUCCAUCACAACAUGAUCUGUGACGGCUUUCCUGACUGCAGCCAGCAGGAGGACGAGAAGAACUGCUCUGUGUGUAGCAAUCAUGAGAUGGAGUGUAACAAUCAUCAGUGUGUUCACCGCUUGCUGUGGUGUGACGGCAGGAGACACUGCUCUGACAGCUCAGACGAGUGGAACUGUGUGUCUCUGUCUGACGAGGGAUUUGUGGUGGUGCAUAAGGCUGGGUUGGAGUAUCGGGUGUGUGCGGAUGGAUGGAGCUCAAACCUCAGCAGCGUCGCGUGCAUACAGAUGGGUUUAGGUUCUCCUCUCUCUGCAGACGUGGUGCUGGACGUGUCUGCUGCGGGACGGAGGCGCUGGCUGCAUGUUGACCCAGACUGGAAUCCACAGAACAUGUUUCCUCUACAGGGCCUGCUGGAAAAGCGAGGGCAGAGUUGCCCAUCAUACAAGAAGAUCUCACUGAAGUGUACAAGAGACGAAUGUGGCCGUCGGCCCGCUGCCCGGAUGGUGAAGAGGAUUCUGGGAGGCCGCACGAGUCGUCCAGGCCGAUGGCCGUGGCAGUGCUCCCUACAGAGUGAACCCAGUGGACACAUCUGUGGCUGUGUGCUCAUCGGGAACAAGUGGGCGCUAGGGAAUAUUUCAGCAGCUCCUGCAAGAUCGAGCGCAGACGUGUGGAAAGUGGUUCUUGGCAUCAAUAAUCUGGAUCAUCCGUCUCCAUACAUGCAAACGCGGCACGUCAAAAGCAUCGUCGUCCACUCACGCUACAACCGGGCCGUGGUGGACUACGACAUCAGCGUGCUGGAGCUGGAGACCAAGGUGGAGGUGACCAGUUACGUGCGUCCCGUCUGUCUGCCUGGCCGCGGACAGCUGCCCAAAGCUGACCAGUACUGCCACAUCACGGGCUGGGGUCACAUGGGGAACAGAAUGCCGUUUAAGCUCCAGGAGGGAGAGGUGCGGAUCAUCUCAGUCUCUCAGUGUCAGUCUUACUUCGACAUGAAGACCAUCACAUCACGCAUGCUCUGUGCCGGAUACGAGGCGGGAACCAUUGACUCGUGCAUGGUGAGUGUGUGUGUGUCAAGUCAAGUCUUAGACAGUGUUCUAGGUUAUUAUGUGCGGAGGUUUUAG